UCCCCGAGCUUUUCCUCCCAUCUUCCCCGCAGAUCAAACGCCCCCCAAAACCCUAGGCCCCCCUUCUCCUCCGACGCCGGCUACAGUCUCCGACCCCUCCGGCGCAAUCGCGGAAUCGGAGGCGGCGGGCGGCGCCAUGGACAACGCCCUCGCGAGCGCCGCGGCGAUCGCCGACCAGCGCCAGAAGAUCGAGCAGUACCGCCACAUCCUCUCCUCCGUCCUCUCGUUUUCCCCGCCGGACAUCUCGCAGGCGAAGCGCUUCCUCGACCACAGUAACGAGCCCUCUAUCUUUGCCCCUUUACCUGUUGAUUCGUAUGGAUUUUGUUCUGGUUCGGGUGUGACGGUUGGGUUCGGUGCGGCCGCAGUGGUUUCCGACGAGGUGCCGCUCGUGGUGUCGCGGCAGCUGCUGCAGACGUUCGCCCAGGAGCUUGGGAGGUUGGAGCCAGAGGCUCAGAAGGAGGUCGCGCACUACGCGCUCACGCAGAUCCAGCCUCGUGUGGUCUCCUUCGAGGAGCAGGUGGUAGUGAUUAGAGAGAAGCUUGCAGAACUGUAUGAGUCUGAACAACAAUGGUCAAAAGCUGCACAGAUGCUUAGUGGGAUUGACUUGGACUCAGGGAUCAGGAUGCUGGAUGACACAAACAAAUUAUCCAAAUGUGUCCAGAUUGCACGACUUUAUUUAGAGGAUGAUGAUUCUGUUAAUGCUGAAGCUUUUAUUAACAAAGCUUCAUUUUUGGUAACAAACAGUCACCAAGAACUUCUGAACUUACAGUACAAGGUAUGCUACGCUAGAAUUUUGGAUCUGAAGAGAAGAUUCUUGGAAGCUGCACUUCGAUACUAUGACAUCUCUCAGAUUGAACAACGCCAAAUUGGUGACGAAGAGAUCGAUGAAAAUGCUUUGGAGCAAGCUCUUAGUGCUGCUGUGACAUGCACAAUAUUGGCUGGUGCUGGUCCGCAACGAUCUCGUGUUCUUGCUACAUUGUACAAGGAUGAGAGAUGCUCAAAGUUGAAGAUAUACCCAAUACUGCAGAAGGUCUUUCUUGAAAGGAUUUUGAGGAAACCAGAAAUUGAAGCAUUUGCAGAGGAGCUGAGACCGCAUCAAAAAGCUCUGUUACCAGAUAAGUCUACUGUGCUUGACCGGGCAAUGAUUGAGCAUAACCUCCUUAGUGCCAGUAAACUUUACACUAAUAUCAGCUUUGAUGAGCUUGGAGCAUUAUUGGGCAUUGACCCUAGGAAGGCUGAAAAGAUAGCAUCGCGAAUGAUUUAUGAAGAUAGGAUGCGAGGUUCAAUUGAUCAGGUUGAAGCUGUGAUACAUUUUGAGGAUGACACUGAAGAGCUGCAGCAGUGGGACCAACAGAUUGCGGGACUGUGCCAAGCGCUGAACGACAUUCUGGACAGCAUGUCAAGCAAGGGAAUGGCUAUUCCUGUGUGAGCUCUUCAAGUUGCUUCGAUGGUACUCGUGAGAACUGUGGUCACGGCGUCAGGCCUCACGGACAUUUUGUACAGAUGUUCGCAGCUGCGAGUACCAGUCAUGUUUCGGAACGAAUUUUGGCCACAAUUAGUCGGUGAUCGGUACAUGUGAAGUUGUGAACUGCUGGAUAGAUUAAGGCAGUGGCGCCGUAAUGGCAUUAUAUCACAAACCAAAAUUGAUCGUGAUAGCAUUUUAUGCCUUGUUUU